AUGGGUGGCGGCAAAAACUAUGCCGCCCAAGCCAAAGAACUUGGCAACGCCGUCCCCAAGGAGCCUGUGCUUUUUCUCAAACUGACGUCGUCUUACUUGGAAAACAGAGGCACCAUCGAAAUCCCUCACCCUCUGGAGUCGUUGGACCAUGAGGUGGAGCUUGCUGUCAUCAUAUCCAAGAAAGCUCGCGAUGUUCCCCAGGCUAAGGCCAUGGAUUACGUUAGUGGUUAUGCACUUUCUCUUGAUAUGACUGCCAGAGAGAUUCAAGCUACUGCUAAGUGUGAGGCUAUACUUUAG